AUGGGUAUCAGGAGAUUAGUUAGUGUUAUAACGCGGCCCAUAAUUAAUAAAGUUAACUCAUCUGGUCAAUACUCGAGAGUACUCGCUACGCGUGAAGACCAGGAUAAAGCUUCCCCCAAAUAUAUGAACAAUGAUAAGAUAGCAAAAAAACCUUACACAUAUCGCCUUUUCUCUAUUCUUGGCAUUUUAAGCAUUUGCUCGCUUUUAUUGAUAUCGCUACUGAAACCUUUUAAUGGUGCAGAUGCUCCUCAGUGUGAAUCUAUCUAUAUGUUUCCAUCUUACGCAAGGAUCGAUGGAUUUGACGAGAGGUAUACACCACUGGCACACAAGUAUCAUCUUUACUUGUAUCGAGAACAAAGCGUAGACCGAGAACCUUUAAAUGGUGAUGAGUUACAACUUGAUGGUAUCCCUGUACUUUUUAUACCCGGAAAUGCAGGUUCUUUUAGGCAAUGCAGAUCGAUUGCUUCCGCUUGCUCCAAUAUAUAUUUUGAUUCCAAUACCAGGGCGACUCUGCGUAACGAAAAUGUGCGAAAUUUGGACUUCUUUACGGCAGAUUUCAAUGAAGAUUUCACUGCGUUUCAUGGUGAAACAAUGCUUGAUCAAGCUGAAUACCUAAAUGAUGCCAUUAAGUACAUCUUGUCUCUUUACGAAAGGACCCCUGAUUACCCACAUCCAAAACCGCAGUCAGUUAUUAUCGUGGGACAUUCCAUGGGCGGUAUUGUAUCCAGGGUCAUGCUAACUUUGAAGAACCACGUACCGGGAAGUAUAAGCACCAUAUUGACCUUAUCAUCACCUCAUGCUGCUUCACCAGUAACCUUUGAUGGUGACAUUUUAAAGCUUUACAAAAAUACAAACGAAUAUUGGAGAAAGCAGUUAUCCCAAAACGAUUCUUUUUUCUCUAAGAACAUUUCAUUGGUUUCCAUUACAGGCGGUAUAUUGGAUACUACUUUACCUGCAGAUUAUGCAUCUGUAGAAGAUUUGGUUAGCUUAGAAAAUGGGUUCACCAGCUUCACAACUACUAUUCCAGAUGUUUGGACUCCAAUUGAUCAUUUAGCCAUUGUUUGGUGCAAGCAAUUAAGAGAGGUACUAGCGCGCCUUUUAUUGGAAAGUAUAGAUGCCUCCAAACCUGAAAAAGUUAAGCCAUUGAAUCAGAGAUUGCAAAUCGCUAGAAAACUAUUGCUUUCAGGGUUUGAAGACUACUCAUGGAUGAAUAGUAAGUUAAAUUAUCCUCAAGAAAACUUACAAGAAUUUAGUGACAACUUCUUUUCUGAUUACGCUACUUUGGAAAUGAACGAUGUCCUAGAUUUUGAAAUGUUUAACCUGGAAAAGUGGCACAACAAUUAUACAAAAAUAAAUAUUCCGAGUAACAUCUCCUCCACUGAACACCUGCAUUUCACAUUAUUAACUAGUCUCGAUAUGCCUAUGAUCUAUUUCUGUACAGAGUCCAGGGUGAAUCUAAGCUGUAUAACAGCUGUUGAUAGUAUUCUAACAGUGCCCAGGUCUUCAAAAGAUACUCAGUUCGCAGCUGAUUCUUCUUUUGGAGAAGCAAAAAAUCCGUUUAAAGCCGUUAGUGUUGGCAAGAAUAUACUACAGAAGUACGACUACUUGAUGAUAAGCAAACCCACUUACGGUGAAUUUUCAGAACAAGAAGGCAUGGAGGACAAUCAGGGGUUUCUUUUGGCAUUACUGCGCAACGUCUCCAAUGUACAAAUAGUCAAUACUACACCUUCUCAAAUAUUGCUCUUUGGAGAACAACUACACUUGGAUGGCAAAGACAUCGAGCAGGUUAUAAGUUUCAGUAAUUUGUGGGAUUCUUUAUUAUCGUACAAAUUAGAAACCAAGAUUGAGGCAAGCAACGAAGGUAUUGCUUCCGAAGAGACAUUGUUUCAGCCUUUCAUAAGGCAAUGGGUUUACGAACCUUUCGAGUCUAAAUGGCAUCUAAAUAUUAUAAACAAAAGUCUCGAUAUAAAUAUGCAUAAUGUAGCACCGUUUAUCCCAUUAAAUGAAAGCGAACCGAGAUCGCUACAAUUAAGUUUUUUUAUUCCACCCGGAAUGUCCUUAGAAGCUAAAAUGACUAUUAAUUGGUCUUUAACUUUGAAAAUGCUGUUUAUCAGGUACAGAUUAGCACUAGCAUCUUUUCCAGUCGCGUUUAUAGCACUCGUACUGUCAUACCAGUUCUACUGGUACAACAAGACAUCUGAGUUUCCUUCCUUUGAUAGCACUUUGGGAUAUAUUUUAAGAAAGCACGGAAUAUUAAUGUUUUUUACGCUGUUCUUAGCUUCGCCUGUGGUUAAUAAUAAGUUGGUACAACGAAUACUUUAUUUAUUGGAUCCUGUCGGUUUAAAUUAUCCAUUUCUGCUAUCCGAGAGAAACAUGCAUGCAAAUUUUUAUUAUUUGGGGAUCAGAGAUUGGUUUAUGUCAACUAUUGGAAUUCUCUUUGGGGUUAUGACAGUUGGAUUACUAGCACUAGUUUCUAAGAUUUUUGGAUCCUUGGAAAUUUUAGUAAUAUUCCUUCAACGGAAGUUAUCAAAGAAAAACACUGAAGAUAAAGAGGCUUUUGAUACUAUUGAACAUAAAGCGUAUGGUAAGGGAAGAUUAAUGGCAUCUGUGCUUUUAUUACUGUUGGUAUUUUUUCACAUACCAUACCAGAUGGCGUUUGUUAUCUCAUUAGUAAUCCAAAUUGCUACCUGCAUUAGAGUAGCGCUGUUGAAACUAUCAAACAACGAGCAGAAAUUGAACUUACUAAAUUAUAAUAUGACGUUGCUUCUGCUUUUAUUAUUUGUUAGUGCCAUUAACAUCCCUAUCAUUAUUGUUUUCCUGCAUAAUGUUGCCAUCAAAUGGGAAACUUCAUUUAGAUCCCAUCACAAUAUACUAGCAGUGGCACCAAUUAUUUUUUUGGUUGGAAAUAAUUCUAUUUUCAAAAUGCCAAACAGCGUACCUUUAGACACGUGGGAUGGUAAAGUUACCAUCAUUUUAUUUGUGUACUUAACCGUUUUCAGUUUCAUUUAUGGAAUAAGAAAUCUGUACUGGAUACACCACUUGGUGAACAUAAUAUGUGCCUGGUUGCUAUUUUUCGAAACAAUACAUUAG